UCAUGUUGAGUCGUCUCUGACUCUUACCUACAGCUACAGGCUACAGUGUUGGCGCCAUGGGCAGCUCUAGUAUCGACAUCCAAGAGAUGGUGAGGAAUACGAGGGAGAGACUGGAGGCCGAUUUCUCCAAGCUUGGAACCAAGAUCCAGAGGUUCCCACGAGGCUUACGGCCGGGUAUCAAUGAACGCUACAUCAUCCCAAGCUUCGUGUCGCUCGGCCCAUACCACCAUGGCUCAGAGCAGCUGCUGGAGACGGAAGAGUUGAAGCACGCGGCGGCCCACUACUUGUGCGAGAAGUCGGGCCACUCAGUUGAGGAUGUCUACGGCAAGAUCCUCACCAUCGCCAGCGAAGCCCGCAGCUGCUACGCCGAUGAUGCGGUGGCGCAGUUCACGGACGCUGAAUUUGCGGGCCUUGCAUGCUAAGGGACAUCUUUCUGUUGGAGAAUCAGCUGCCAUGGUUGGUCCUCGAGGCUCUUGUGGACUUCUUUAUACCAUCUCCCGUGUAUGAUUUUGUUAUUUCUUUUGCGAACAAAUUCGACAUAACUCCACAAUGUUCACCAGCUUCCGAUUCAAGUGGUACAAGGGUUUCUGUGGAUGAACUAAAGAAUUACAAGCCAGCACAUCUCCUUGGGCUCCUCCGGUACCAUCUGAUCGGUGGUAUGACUGUAGAAGAUCACACCGACGAUCUCACUUGCUCCUCGUUAGCUAGUAGUGCCAUUGAGCUUGCGGAGAUCGGCAUCAAGCUGACUGCCAAGAAUAACACAUGGUGCCAAUGCUUGCUGGCUUGUCAACAUGGCAGCUUACGAGAUGUGUGUAUCCAGCAAAUGGCCAUCAGAUGGCCUCGCCAUUAGCUCAUACAUCUCCCUCCUGACAAUGCUCAUGGACAAGGAAGAGGACGUGCACAAGUUGCGAGCGAAGCACCUCGUUCGCAGCUUACUCAGUAACCACGAGCUGCUUGUUUUCUUCAAGAGUCUCGCAUGCCAUUUGCGCCUUGGCUACCGCUAUUUCGUCAUCACUGAGAAGAUAGAUAAGUUCAAGCGUGAAAGACCUGUGAGGAUAGCCCUGCAUAGGUUCGUCUACAACAACUUCAAGACAAUCGUCGUCAUGCUCUCUAUUACUGGUGUGCUCGCAGGUAUCUUCAGAACCUUGAUGAGUCUCAAACAGCAUCAGCCAUAGCAGUCCGGGUGAAGCAUGCGUGUUGUUAAAUCAUUUUAUGAUUCAUCUACAGUUUUCGUGCUUAUUGUGGUCUGAUUGAUAUUGUACGCCUUUGUGUGUGUAAAAUUUGCUAGCCCAUUCCCUUCGAUCUCUUCUUAGUUCUUAGUUAGGUGUGUGUCAAAAGUACCUAAAGUUUGUAUCGUCAGUGGUUAUUCAAAAUAUAUAUUGUUGUGUUAUUAAUUUGAUA